CGCGUCGGGCGCCGCCACCAUGGAGGAGUGGCGGCAGUGCGGCCGCUGGCUCAUUGACUGCAAAGUCCUGCCCCCCAACCACAGGGUGGUGUGGCCCUCGGCGGUGGUCUUCGACUUGGCCCAAGCUCUGAGGGAUGGGGUACUCUUGUGUCAGCUGCUACACAACCUCUCACCUGGAUCUAUAGACCUCAAAGACAUCAACUUCAGGCCACAAAUGUCCCAGUUUUUGUGUUUGAAGAACAUUCGGACCUUCUUGAAAGUCUGCCAUGAUAAGUUUGGGUUGCGGAACAGUGAGCUGUUCGAUCCUUUUGACCUGUUUGAUGUCCGAGAUUUUGGGAAGGUCAUCUCUGCAGUGUCUAGACUCUCUCUGCACAGUAUUGCACAGAACAAAGGAAUUAGGCCCUUCCCCUCAGAAGAGACCACAGAGAAUGAUGAUGAUGUAUAUCGGAGUUUGGAGGAGUUGGCUGACGAACAUGAUCUGGGUGAGGAUAUCUAUGAUUGUGUCCCAUGUGAAGAUGAAGGUGAUGAUAUCUAUGAGGAUAUUAUUAAAGUGGAAGUCCAACAGCCUAUGAUUAGAUAUAUGCAGAAAAUGGGAAUGACAGAAGAUGACAAAAGAAAUUGCUGCUUGCUAGAAAUUCAGGAAACAGAAGCCAAAUACUACAGGACUCUUGAAGACAUUGAAAAGAACUACAUGAAUCCUCUGAAGCUGGUGCUGAGCCCUCUGGACAUGACGGCCAUCUUUAUCAACUUGGAGGACUUAAUUAAAGUGCAUAACAGCUUCCUAAGGGCCAUUGAUGUAUCGAUGAUGGCUGGUGGAAGCAGCCUGGCCAAAGUCUUUCUAGAAUUCAAAGAAAGGCUACUGAUUUAUGGGGAAUACUGCAGCCACAUGGAGUAUGCCCAGAACACUCUAAACCAUCUUAUUGCCAAUAGAGAAGAUUUUAGACAAAAAGUAGAGGAAUGUACUUUGAAAGUCCAAGAUGGGAAGUUUAAACUGCAAGAUCUGCUAGUAGUGCCAAUGCAACGGGUUCUGAAAUAUCACCUUCUCCUGAAGGAACUCCUCAGUCACUCUGCGGAUCGUCCAGAAAGACAGCAGCUCAAAGAAGCACUGGAGGCCAUGCAGGACUUGGCGAUGUACAUAAAUGAAGUCAAACGGGACAAAGAAACCUUAAAGAAAAUCAGUGAAUUUCAGAGUUCUAUAGAAAAUUUGCAAGUUAAACUGGAAGAAUUUGGGAGGCCAAAGAUUGAUGGAGAAUUAAAAGUCCGAUCCAUUGUAAACCAUACCAAACAAGAUAGGUAUUUAUUUUUAUUUGAUAAAGUGGUGAUUGUCUGUAAAAGGAAAGGCUACAAUUACGAGCUGAAGGAGAUCAUCGAGUUGCUCUUUCACAAAAUGACAGAUGAUCCAAUGAACAAUAAAGACAUCAAGAAGUCACAUGGGAAAAUGUGGUCUUAUGGAUUCUACUUAAUUCACCUACAAGGAAAGCAGGGCUUCCAGUUUUUCUGCAAGACCGAAGACAUGAAAAGAAAAUGGAUGGAGCAAUUUGAAAUGGCAAUGUCAAAUAUUAAACCAGAGAAGGCCAAUGCAAACCAUCACAACUUCCAGAUGUACACAUUCGACAAAACAACCAACUGCAAAGCAUGCAAGAUGUUCUUAAGAGGGACUUUCUAUCAAGGCUACCUUUGCACUAAAUGUGGGGUUGGAGCACAUAAGGAAUGCUUAGAAGUUAUUCCACCCUGCAAAAUAAGGCCCAUUGGAUACAUAUGUCUACCUAAAUAUAUCUGCAACUGUUCUCCUGUAGACCCGGACGCACUAAAUACAGGAGCUGGUCCUAAAAUGGUGGCAGUGCAGAAUUACCAUGGUAUUCCAGCUCCUCCUGGGAAGCCGGUGCUGACAUUCCAAACGGGCGAUGUGAUCGAACUGCUGAGAGGCGACCCUGAGUCUCAGUGGUGGGAAGGAAGGUUAAUACAGACCAAGAAGUCGGGGUAUUUCCCUAGUUCAUCUGUGAAGCCUUGCCCUGUGGAUGGACGGCCUCCAAGCAGUAGGCCCCUAUCCAGAGAAAUAGACUAUACCACAUAUCCUUGGUUUGCAGGCAAUAUGGAACGACAACAGACUGACAACUUGUUAAAAUCCCAUGCAAGUGGGACAUACUUGAUCCGAGAAAGACCUGCGGAGGCGGAGCGAUUUGCAAUAAGCAUAAAGUUCAAUGAUGAAGUGAAACACAUUAAGGUGGUGGAGAAAGACAACUGGAUUCAUAUCACAGAAGCAAAGAAGUUUGAAAGUCUAUUGGAGUUGGUAGAAUAUUACCAAUGCCACUCACUCAAGGAGAGUUUUAAACAACUGGACACCACCCUCAAGUACCCUUACAAAUCUCGAGAACGCUCAGCCUCAAGGGCUUCUACCCGCUCACCAGCUUCCUGUGCUUCCUACAACUUUUCUUUUCUCAGUCCUCAGGGCCUCGGCUUUGCCUCUCAGAGCUCCUCCACACCCUUCUGGUCAGUGUUUACUCCCCGUGUCAUUGGCACGGCUGUGGCCAGGUACAACUUUGCAGCCAGGGACAUGCGGGAGCUCUCACUUCGAGAAGGAGACGUGGUGAAGAUCUACAGCAGGAUUGGUGGCGACCAGGGCUGGUGGAAGGGAGAGACCAAUGGAAGGAUCGGCUGGUUCCCAUCAACUUAUGUGGAAGAAGAGGGUGUGCAGUGACGGUUGGAUUUCAGGCUGAGCCCAUGGAUUCUCCCAGAAGAGUCUCUCUAUAGUGGAUGCAACCCUCUAGUUAAUUCAGAAGGAAAUGUCCUCCAAGCUUCCAGUAUUAAACAGCCUGAAGGAGUGGGAAGGGUUGGGGGGAGGGGGACAAGAUACUAAAUGCAAACCAUUUGCAAAUCAGUCAUCUGCCCUUGGUGACCCAUCCCAGGGUACAGGACUUGUAUAUAAAAUUUAACAGUGUAUCUCAGAUUACAUUGCUACAGUAUUACCCACCAUCCCAGAGAGGUAAAACACAGAACCUUACUGAGCCCAGAGACGAGACUGUUGGAAGUUGAUUAUUGGCCAUUAUCAGGCUUGCUGUUCUGGAGGGUCACCUAGGAUCAAGGAAGAAGACCCGCUGCUUUUUUGGUGAUGGUGUUUGGGUCGAAGGGCAUUGAGGGAAAUUACCUGAAAUGAGGACUGGCUGAAGAUUCCCAUCAGCUCCUCUCCUUAGCUUCUCCCUGGUGUCCUCAUUUGCUGCUGGCUCUGACAACUAGUGCUUCAGGAUGAAGGGCUCAGUGCAUGUGUCUUUGGGGCCAAUGCCUCCAUCAAGAUCAUCAACCAAGUCCUGGGCUGCAGCUGCUGAGGGAAGGGGCUGGCCUAGGGGCCACUGUGCAUAGAAGGAAGGCGACCAGUCCAAAGUGUUGUCUGUGUAAUUUAUCAUUGGAUCAUAGAUUUAAAACUGGAGAAACCUGAGAGACCAUGUAGUCCCGAUUUUCAAAAUGGUCUGCCUUGGAUUUCCUCUGGGCUAGGGAGGGUGGGAAAGGGAAUGGAAAACUCAACUGUCACAGGAAGCCCCCUUUCCCUCCAGGAAAUUGGGGAAAUGACAGGAGCUUCAAGAUGCUGAAACUUCUCUCAAUGGUAUUUUCAUCAAAUAUUGUUUCCCCCUUCAAAAAACAAACAAACAAAAAAAAAAACAAAACCCAACACAUUCCCUUCCCCUCCUGCCCUGUUCUGCUGAAGUACCUAGAAUGUCUUUACAUACUAUUUCCUACAAACUGGCAAAUAGAAACUGAGUCCCUAAAUGGGAUCAGGGAGAAAAGGGUGGUUUUCUUGUUAGGGACUAUGCGUCUCAUGGACGUCUUGGACAUGGGAUCCCCCAUGUGGCCUUCUGGGGACCUCCUCAAAGAUAGAAAUCCUGGGUAUUUUCAGUAUAAUUCAAAGUGAUUUCUGAGUCUGCUCCAUUUUUCAUAUCACAGCACUUGGCUGUCCCUUCUCAUCUCAACAAAGUUCUUUUCUUCUGGAGCUUCUCUCAGUCUUCCAAAUUGAGGUCUGUUUUUAGCUCAUGUCAAGUAAGUGCUCUUGUAAGUGGCUACCCCCAUCACAACUUUUAAUGCUUCUUGUCUCCCUCCCGCUCCCAUCUCUGUUCCUGAAGUCCUGGUCAAUCAUUUGCCCUAAAGUACACUAAAGUCAGAUAUUUAGAGCGGGAAAGGGACCUUAGAGAUCAAUUUAGUCCAGAUCAUCAUUUUUAAUUUAAGGAAAUUGAGGCCUACAAGAAUCAAUUUGCCAAAAGUCACACAGAUAAUAAGGAGCAGAACUGGGAUUAGAAUCCAGGUUCUUUCCAUGGUAUCACAACUACAAUGCUUAGGGACAGGGGCAGAUCUGUCUGAGCAGGAAGCACCAUGAUCUUGCCUCUGUCCGUUUCUUCUUCUUGACCUUGUCUGAGAUUGGGAAGGAUUACUUUGCUAAAUUGUUUUGUGUGUGUGCCAAACCUGCUGGCAGAAAAUCAUCCCACGGUGGUCCCAAGGUGUGACCCCUUAGUGACUGGGGAAGGAGGGAGGUUGAGGGGGGGAGGAAAAGGUGGUGAAGGGAAGUGAUCUAAAAGCUAAUAUUCCUCCUAGGAGGAAAAAACCCAGAGAAGAUAGGUGGGGUUUGGGAAGGAAACUACUUGGUUUUUAGCUCUUGCUGCUGUUUGGUGCUAACUGACUGGCAAUUAGUCUGGUUGGUUCAUUUCUCCACUAACUGUGACUAUUUCUGGACCAAUCACACAUUCCUUAUAUUCAGGAGGUGAGGGGAAAAGGGAGAUUAUCAAGAAGAUGAUGGAAAUCCAAGACCUGUGAAUUGUGAGAUAUUUAGAAAAACAUUUUUAAAAAUGAAUGUGUCAAGUAGGCUUCUAGCCCUCAAAAUGAGCAUCCCAGAGUCAAGACUUUCCUUUCCCCAUUCCCUGAGCCUUUUGAGUGCACUUUGCCGGGAUUGACAACUCCCAGUCAGGAAUUUGGCUGAAUGGAAUUGGUCAUUCCUGGGAGGGAAGGGCUUGGGGGAGAAGGGAAAAAGGUAAGAAAGGAUCUUCUUUUGUGUUUACUGUUGUAAGAAACUCGUUCUGUUUUUGUUUGUUUUUAAAGAAAAAAGUUUGUAAUUAUUUCUCCAAAUGCCAUGAUAUAUAUCUGUGAAUAAGGAAAAAAGUUUUUAUGCUGGCAAGAAAAUGUAUAUAUAUUUUAGUUGAUCAUGAAACAAGUCAAAGUUGUAAGUGAGGAUGUUCAGAAAUAGGAAAUAAUAAUGUAAAUGCCUUGGGAUUUUUUGUUUCUUUGCAUUGCACUAAUCAGGGAGGGAGAAUUAGGGGGCAAGGGGGAACUGUGGAAUAGUUCAUAGCUGGCAAUUGGGAAGUCCUCUAGGGGUAGUUUAUAAUCCUGGGUUAGGAAAGUCGCUGUGACUGAGAAGCCCUUUGCAUGCAGGUGGGGGAUUUCUCAGUCAUAGCACACCCCAUUAACGCCUGCAACCAAACAGAAAUGUAAUUUUGCCAAUAGAUUUUUUUCAAAUCAUGAUUUUUACUGCAAAUAAACAUACAUUCUUUUCUGCA